AUGAAUCCAUCACAAGAAGCAAGGACAACAAUAGAAGAAGAACAGGAUCCAGUGGUUGUCCAUCUUGAUUUAUCAAUCUUAAGUGGUACCCUAAAGAGUACCUUUGCCCACCAAACCAAAUUGUUCCUGGAAUGGUACAAGGAGGAGCAAUUAUUUUCCUUUACCAAUUCCUUAAUUAUUCCAUUGGAAUAUUGCACAAGACCUACAAAAUCUGAUGUUUGGGCUUUUAGAUCUCCUAUUCCAAGAGAGGGAAUAUUUAUAUUUGGAAAGGGAGAAACACUUUCUGAUGCCGUAUGUAACAGAGCAAAUUGGUGGCAGGGUGGUGCAACAGUCUUGAUAGACCCUUCAGCUCCUCACAUGCGAGCUUCUAUUCCUCGUCUAUCAACAAAAAGGCGAAAAAAGAAGAAUAAUAAUAAGUGUGACCAGGUGCCAGGUGAAAUUGACACUUUGGAAGUAAUUUCACUUGAAUUACGAAAUGAUCCGGAAUAUAUGAAAGCUCGUGUCAAGGAAAAUGGAUUAUUUCUCUACUACGCACAUCCAGAUAUUCUUCAAAAUCGAGAUAUUGUUCUUGAAGCCAUAAGAAAUAAUGGAGCUGCUUUCAAGUUUCUUCCAUUCAAUCUGAGACAAGAUGAAGAAUUUGUAAAGAAAGCAGUAGAAUUGAACGGAGAUUCUUUUUACUACCUAAAUAGAGAAUUUAGAAAUAGACAGGAUUUGUUUGAGACUUCCAUAUUCACAAGUGGAACGGCUAUUCAAAGAGCUGGUGAAAAUAUUAGAAAGAGUCGCUGUUCCAUCUUCAAAUCUGUUUCAAAUGACUGGAGAGCCAUCUAUUGGGUUGAAAAAAGCUACCCAUUCUAUUCCAAUUUAAUUGAAUCGAUUCUCACUUCCAAAGUUAAUGAAUCUGAAUUGCUCCACUCAAACUUGAUUUCCUCGAAAGAACAACUUUUGAAGUUUCUUGAUAUUUCACACAAAGCUUUUUUCAUGAGCACCAAAGAGAUUACAUUGGAUGAACAGGUUAUUGUAAAGGCAAUGAACAAGAAUAUUUUGAUUGCGAACCAUCUCAGUCUUGAUCAUCUCACUAUAGUAUUGAAUGAUCAUGCCCUUAUAAAACAAAUGAUCCAACAUCAAGGUGUGGAAUGGAAUGAAGAUAUGGCCGAAUUAAUUUUGAAAAAUUCAUCCUCUACUGACAUUGCCAGAGAAUUAAUAAGAAAAUAUCCUUGUUGUGCAAAGCAUGUCUCCGGCAAAUCUCCAAUAUUGUUGGACCCAUUCAUUAUGAGAAAUUUCGAACAACAAUUCCUAUUUUUGUACGGGCAUUCUCGUUUUAUUUUUGAUAAGAAUAAUAGAGAAUAUUUGGAAAAAUUAGGGUAUUGCUUUCAUGGAACUAAUUAUUUGGAUGCUUUGAAAGAAAGAUUUGCACAAUCCUAUCCAGAUCUUGUUAUUCCAUGGCAUAGAUUUGGAAAUUUUGAAACAUUUGCUCCACAAUUGAACUAA